AUGCCAGCUAUGAGUUCCUGCAACUUCACACAUACCACCUUUGUACUUAUUGGUAUCCCAGGAUUAGAAGAAGCCCAUUUCUGGAUCGGCUUCCCCCUGCUUUCAAUGUAUGCCGUGGCACUCUUUGGAAACUGCAUCGUUGUCUUCAUCGUAAGGACAGAGCGCAGCCUACACGCUCCCAUGUACCUCUUUCUCUGCAUGUUGGCAGCCAUUGACUUGGCCUUGUCCACAUCCACCAUGCCCAAGAUCCUCGCCCUCUUCUGGUUUGAUUCCCGGGAGAUUACUUUUGAUGCCUGCAUUGCCCAGAUGUUUUUUAUUCAUGCUCUUUCAGCUAUUGAGUCCACUAUCCUGCUGGCCAUGGCCUUUGACCGUUAUAUAGCCAUCUGUCACCCACUGCGCCAUGCAGCAGUGCUCAACAAUACAGUAACAGCCCAGAUUGGCAUGGUGGCCGUGGCCCGUGGAUCACUCUUCUUUAUCCCACUGCCUCUGCUCAUCAAGCGGCUGGCCUUCUGCCAUUCCAAUGUGCUGUCACACUCCUAUUGUGUGCACCAGGAUAUGAUGAAGUUGGCCUAUGCAGAUACAUUGCCCAAUGUGAUCUAUGGUCUUACAGCCAUUCUGUUGGUUAUGGGUGUGGAUGUCCUCUUCAUCUCCUUGUCCUAUUUUCUGAUUAUACGAACAGUUCUACAACUGCCUUCCAAGUCAGAGCGGGCCAAGGCUUUUGGAACCUGUGUGUCACACAUCGGUGUGGUAUUAGCCUUCUAUGUUCCUCUCAUUGGCCUCUCAGUGGUACACCGUUUUGGAAACAGCCUUGAUCCCAUUGUGCAUGUUCUCAUGGGUGAUGUCUAUCUACUUCUGCCUCCUGUGAUCAAUCCCAUCAUCUACGGUGCCAAGACCAAACAGAUCAGAACUCGGGUGCUAGCUAUGUUCAAGAUCAGCUGUGACAAGGACCCUCAGGCUGUGGGGAGCAGAUGA